GUGGUAAAGCUUGGACCACCUUCGUCAUUUUGGCCAUCCAAAAAUCAAGCCCCAAAUACACAAGCCACAUGAUCAAAUGCACAUCCCCCACAACACAAAAUUUUAUUGGUUCGCCUAGUCAAAAUUGGUCCUGCCCUCAGUUUCCCACAUCGACUUGUACAAUUUUCAAUUUCGCAAGAACUAAACAACAACCACGACCUCCGAACUUUUUUUCGACAAACAUCUAGACAUUAAUCUAGUAAGACAUCCGCACCCGAAAUAAUUCCCACCGGUCAAAUCGACAUCUCUAAUCUCAAUUCUCUAUUCAGAAAUGUCGUCCAAGGGAAAGAAGCCAGCGACCAAGUCGGCCAUUGAACAGGUCGUGUCCCGCGAGUACACCAUCCACCUCCACAAGAGACUACAUGGUGUCACCUUCAAGAAGCGUGCUCCCCGAGCCAUCAAGGAGAUUAAGGCUUUCGCGCAAAAGGCUAUGCAAACCUCCGAUGUCCGCCUCGACCCGCAACUAAACAAGAAGGUCUGGGAGCAAGGUGUCAAGGGUGUCCCGUACCGACUACGCGUGCGCAUCAGCCGACGACGAAACGACGAAGAAGAUGCCAAAGAGAAGCUUUAUAGCUACGUCCAGGCCGUUAACGUUAAGAACCCUAAGGGUCUAGUGACGGUCGUUGUGGAAGAGUAAAUUUUCGGGCGGGGGCAAUGGUUUAAGCAAUUCGGCACCAAAAAAUUAACAAAGGCAAAUGUUUCGUUGAGAUACCGGCUGGGUUCGAGAAGGGCAUGGUUUCGGAGUUCCUUCUGGCUUCAUGACACUUUAUUUAGAUUCACUACUUCGAUGAAUCAAGAACCGUGAACGACAUUUUCCCCAUUUCUCAGGACCAUUGUGCUUUCUAUGCUAAGGGCAUUGCAACGGGAUAUACUCACGAGCAGCUUAUUUAUCAUCUAGAUUCAGGGCACCCAAUCAACGCCACGGAAGUAGGUGGUAGUAAUGUUAUUGAUA